AAAGUGUGUCAUGGGACUCGUGCAAGAAUCUGGCGUCACGAUUUGUGGUUGUGUGGUUGUGUGGUUUGUGGGCAUAGGUGUCUUGUGAGGUUAGUCAAGAUGGGUGGGGGAAAGUUGCUGCUGUAUUCGGAUGUUAACUAAGGUUAAAGGAUAGCAGAAUUAAAAGAACAAAAGAUGCUGCUCCGCCGUAAAAUUCCAUCGGAGAGCGAUGCAAGAGCACAGGCUAGUGCUAAUGGUGACGCAGCACAAGAGAAGUCGGAGAGCGAACUAGAAGACUGUCAACGUCUCUGUGCUUCUGGGGUAUCAUCAAAGCCCAAGAUGAAGACAAACUUUUUUAAAUCGCUGCGUGAACACUGGCGGAAGCGAAAAACGAAACUUGCAGUGCAGAAUGGUGUCGAAGUAUCCUCGGGGCCUCCAGAGCCAAGCAGUCGAAAAGAUGUGACCGUCUACUGCCCAGGGUCGUCGUCGUUAACUGCGUCUAACUCGCACGAAGAUUCACCUAAUGACGCCAAUGACAAUUAUGUCCGUGCCGGUGUUGGUUCGAAUGGCGAACGUGUGUGCAGUGAUGCUGACGGCGAGACUGAAAAUCAUAAUCUGCCCUCAUCCUCGUCGUUCGCGGUCCCUUCUGUGCCUGUCACUCAGCCAGGGUCUUCUGUCAUGAGUGUUACAGAACAUUUCACGCACAGCCAGACGAAUUCAGAACAGCGCGGAACGUCGUGCAGCAUUGAUGAAGUGUCGGGGAGACGGCAUCCAGCAACAAGUAAUCGGUGCUUGUCUCAACCGGUCACUAUUCAUGAACACAACUGCACGGGUUCGGCGUGUGGAGAACACUGGAAGAUGACUGACCCGCAAGGAGGCACCACGCAGUCGGCGGGCGUUGUUGGAGACGGAUUGUGCAGCGAAACCUCCGCAGUUUCGCCAGUCGCGGAAGGACCCCAGGUUCCUUGUCGGCAGCCCCUGCGCGACGCCACCCCGUCAGUGUUUGUCUCGGUGUUCCCGGGACCGGACAGUCGUGAAGACCCAAGGAUCAGUAGUCUCAGCGAAGAAUUGUUCAAGUUAUCUAAGCACGGUUGGUACUGGGGGCCGAUCACGCGGGGCGAAGCCGAAGAGAAGCUCGCUGACCAGCCUGACGGCGCUUUCCUCGUACGAGACAGCUCUGACGACAGAUACCUGCUGAGUCUUACGUUCAAAUCAUACGGCAAGACGCUGCAUACGAGAAUCGAGCACUGUAAUGGCCUAUUCAGCUUUUACGCUCAAUCUGGACCUGAGGGCCGUGCCUGCAUUGUUGAUCUUAUUCAAGAGUCCAUGAACUAUUCUCAGUCAGGUGUGUUUUGCUAUUCACGGGGUCGGAGCCCUGGUGUCCCCUCUUUCCCAGUGCGCCUCAUUAAGCCUGUGUCACGACUUACUCAUGUGCGGUCCUUGCAAUACCUUUGUCGCUUUGUGAUCCGGCAGUAUACACGGUUUGACCACAUUCAAAGACUUCCACUACCGUCCCGUAUUAAGGGAUACCUCGAAGAGGGUCACUAUUGAAAGCUACAAGUUCAGUCUACAGCUCCAGAAGCCCCAGCGUUGUGGCAUCUCUACCACCAAUACUGUUAUGCAGUAAAAGAGGCCCAUACUGUUGGCCACAAAAGUUUGCAGAAUCUACAGUGUGUGGCGGAGCGACGGGAAACUGCAUUGCUGUACUACCUAUCGUCACAUGGCACGGUGUUGAGGCUAUCGGCCGUGGCCUCUGCGAUUAGUUUCGGCAGCGGUGCGUUGGCGGAGCUCAUCGCGGAGGCCAUGGUCGAUAGACUCAACACCGCGGCAUGUGACUGUAGGUGGUGUAGCAUUGCAAUUUUCCGCCACACGCUGCAGAUCCCUCAAUCUUUUGAGGCUGACAGUACAUGGCCCGAGCUUGUUUUAGUGCACCAUGUCAUGGCAUGAUGAUUUCACCAUAUUGUAAAGGUGCGGUAGCUAAUGAGCAGUUAUUGCGUAUCAACAUGCGUCCACUUCCAGCACACUGCCUAGGGUGGUGUUUGUUACUCUAGACAUUUUGUAUACAGAAUAUGAGGGAAUUGCCCAAAUAGUGAAAGUUUUAUAUUGUGCUCAACAUGGUUUCUUGAGUCUCAAGGUUUAGUAGAGCUAGAGUUAACAUUGACAUAUCAGCAACAUUCUUUAGAGGCUGCAUAUGCCCCUUUUGUGUGUAAAUUGCCUUGUACAUGCAUAUUUUUAUUAGUUCAAAUGGCAGUGAUUCUCUGCUCAAAGGAUGCGUUACUGCAGGAUCUUUGAAUGGUCAUGUGUCUGAGUGCAUAAAUUUACGUACAUGCAGUCUUACUGGAAAAGUUAUUGCACAAACAUUGCAGGCUCCUGGUAAUGCAAACAUAACAUUAUUUUCCUAAAAUUAUUGAUACAUCUGCACUUUCUGUUAAAAGUGUGUGUUCAUAUGUGGCUGUUUUUUUUUUCUCCCUCUUUCGUACACAUUUGCAUUGCGACGAGAGAAUGCAACCUUUGUACAGCUCUACAUGGAUAUAAAAGGCAUAUGCUGUUCCUAGUGUUUUUGAGCAGAUGCUACUUGCAGGAAUUCGGGAAUUUUGGAAUACUGAUAACUUACUUUGCCGCAAAGUCUAAUGCUAUGAACAAGAUUGUGUCUUAAUUGUCCAAAAAUCAUUAGACGCUUCUAGAGCAUUAUGCAUCACAGUAGUGUGGGGAAGCAUUUUUUUUCUUUUUUAUUUUGUUUCUUCACUGCAUUAGCGUCAUCAACAGUGUCAUAAACAUGUUUAUGUGUUAAAAUGUUGCUUUUCUUUGAAGUUGUGGUAUGUCAUUACUGAACAGGUCUUGCAGAACUGUUAAAGGUUUUCUCUACUUUGAGCACACACCUGUUAACAUUGUCACUGUGCCAUAAAAAUAUUUCCCUUGGGGUGUAUCGCAUGAAUGUGGUUUUGGGUUUAGGUCGAAAUUAGCAAUAUUGCCACUGUUAUUCAACUGUUCAACAAAAAUAUAUUUAUCGUUAUGUGUAUAUGUAUAGUCUUGAUGGCCUUUAAAGGCAAGACAUUUGUUUGAAAUUACAUGUUUUCUAACUGAAUUUACUAAAAUUGUGUGUUGCUAUGGAGAGAAACAGUGCCUUGUGUUUAUGGCCAUUGGUGUUUGUAAGCUAACAUGGUGUAUCCGUUCUUGUGUGUGUGUGCUUUUUUUUUAAUGGCACUGCACAUGGCCACUAUGAUGUGUGCACUUGUCUGCUGUUUGGUUGCUUUAAUUAGUUGUAUUGUGUUAGCUUAUUUGUAUGUAAAUGCAGCUUCAAGUAUUGUUAGUGGCAUUUUCCUUUCUGAUAUCUGGACCUUGUGCGAGCGCAUCCGUGUGUGCUGCAUCAGUAACACCAAUGCAACUAACCUAAAAACAUCUGUAGGUGGGCAGGAACAGCUUAUGACAUUUGUCAGGCAAGCGUUUCCCAGCUACAUUAUCAGUUAAAAGGGAAAGUCGUGAGAAAUCUAAACAAAAAUACAAGAGGCAUUGAGAAGAAACCUGAUGGAAUAUUUUAGUUAUGGUUAAAAGCAAGCAAGGAAGUGGAGUUAGGUAGGUCAUGUGAUGAUGGAAGAGGUAAUUGGUUGUCUCUUAGGGCAACAAUGGGUGCUAAGGGAGGGCUAGGGGAAGGGAAUUGGGGUAGAGGAUAGAGCUGUGAUGUCCUUGACGGAAUGCUUAAGCUACUAAGUAUCAGUAUAGGGUGGGUUUUGUUUGCAUUUGACAGGUGUAAUUGGAGGCUGCUGGGGUGAGCAAAGUCUCCUCAGAGUCCAAUGCAGGGCAUGAAAGGACUCGUGAGAGGGCUUCAUGUUACCCGAAAUUAAUCACCAAUCCCAAUAACUUUGUGCUUCGUUGAAGGUACGAAGUGCAUAUUUUCGUAGCUUGUUAUCCGCAAGAAAGCUGAGAAUGACCCAACAAUUGUACCGUUUCAGGGGCCAUUAGGUUCGUGGUGGCACCUGCCAGGGAAUUCUGUGCCUCGUGCAUUCUAGGCUAGUGAUCUGCCAUAGGUCAUCAUUGUGGUCGAAGCAUAUGCCAUCAAUGCAAAUAUGGUUUAAUGAUGAUAGGAACUCAUCUUCCUAGUUAAUUUUUUAUAGACCAAACACUCAUUCAUAAUCCAAACAACAAUUCAUCCACUUGCAAACAAAGGUGUCUUGCUGUGUACAUUUGCAUUUCUCUCUGCUGAUUUAUCCCUUCCUAAGUUUGUGAUAUCCAGUGUACCUUACAAUUUUCUCAAUACUACCCAGCAUUUUGCCAUAGCAUUCACCUUGGUAGGUCUACUAUAGUUUGGCCCUGGCCAAUGUGAGAAGUUAUGUUUGCAUAUGAUACAGGUUUCAUUAGGUGUACAUGCACUGUUCUCUUCUUUUGUUUCAUAUGGCAAAGAACUCUUUCACCAAAUGAGACAAGCAUCAUAUUAUAAUGACUGUAUGCCUAAUUAUGUUACAUUAGCUACAAGUCUUUGAACAGGCUAAGUGUUUGAGCUACAUGUUUAACUUGGAAAGGUUCGAUGAGUUUGUGGCUUCAGAUGCAAAAAUGUUUCUUGCUCAUCUUUUCUUUUUUUUAAUGGCUGCUGAAUUACCAAUUAUCAUAAGGCCUUAGUCUUUGAAGUGCAACAAACCAUUAAAUAUAUGUUUUAAAGUGACAAUAUUGACCACAAGUAGUGUAGGGUGGUGAGCGACUCUUUAACGCGUGAUGGAAAUUUAGUGUUGGUUGUGCGGUAUGAUGGACUGCUGAUUUACAUUUCAGUCAGCUGUGCGCAGUGGUUGCAUACCACGCCCUGACUCUGUUAAAAGGCGGGCAUACGCUAUCACAUUGGGAGUUGUUUUUUUUCCUUCACUGUAGGCUUCCCUACAGUGAAUAAGUCUGGUUGUCUGUUGUUGCUUCUUUUGAAACAUGUACCACGCCCAUCGCAUUCUGACCCAUUGAGUGCCUGAGAGUGAGAAUCUCGUGGUGUGGCCAAAUGGCCUGCAAACACAACACGACUUAUCGACUUGACAUCAUUGGUUUGUGAUACCAUGUGACCACCGCCACCAGUUUUUAUGAUGCAAUGAGAAACCUGCUCUCCUUUAUGGGUUCAUCUUGAACUAGUUGCUUUAAAGGAUGAUACAACUAGUGAACUAUUGAAGGCAACUACAUAAGAAAGCUAAACAAGCAACAAAAUUAUGCGCCAACACUGCUUCAUUUGAAACUAAAUUAAUACAUGCCGAGUGCCUGCAAAGUUGCAGCAGAUGCACUGUUCCGCGCACCAGUAUUUAGCCUGGUCAAGCAACCAUUAGGCUUUACACUAUCAGGCAUAAUUGAUUGAAGAAAUUCACAGCAAACAUUUGACCACCUGAAGUUUCAAAACUUCAAAAUAUUUGCAAAAUACACGGAACAUGCAUACCUUUAAAAGCUCCCUAUUCAUACCGCUUUUAGUAUCCUCCCGGCUAUUCUGCAUUAUGUGUGAAUGGAAAGCAAUCAAUACCACCAAUCCUGUGUUCGGAGUUGCAAGACAUGACUAAGAGCACAACACUGUAGAAUGGUUGGUUUGACAUUUUCUCUAAUUUAAAGUGUGGUUGCAUUGAAAAUUGGCUAAGAUCAAAUAGUUACUGCACAAAUGGUAUAAAACCUCUGGAAAAAUUGUGUUUGAUGUAUUAAAUUCACAACAUUUGGCCUACUGAACAUUUUGUGGUGCUGCAUGUUGAAUUAACAGUUAUUUUGCAGUUCCCAACAUCAUGCACUCAAAAAUUUCAGUGCCCAAGAAUUUCAUUGCACUGGGUUGGGUCUUGUGUUAUGUUAUCCCAUGUUUAGUAAAAGCAACUGUAUUGCUAUGCUGCACAUGAACCAGGGUGCGGAAACAGUGCUCUUGUGUUGAUGGUCCUGAACUAUUUAGUGUGCAAUCUUGUCUGCUGCAUUGUGAUAACAAUAGUCAGUGUUCAAACUGUAUAUGACGUGUAUUUUUAAAUGUUGGACGUGAUGAAUACCAUCUCUCAAAGACAUAUCUAGGUUCUUGUUGCUGUUAUGCAUUACUUGGCCCAAACUUCUUGUGUGUCAAGAAAAAGAGCAAACUUUAUUUUUUUUGUAGAUGCAUGAAGCUUAUCUCUAGAUGUGAAUGUUGCAUGCAUGUGUGCAUACCAUGGCAUGCUAACAUGAAACUGUUUCUCAUUAAAAAUGGGCUCAUUUUGACUUUGCCAUAUUGUUUAACAAUGCAUUGUUACUGUAAGUAUAAGACAUUGCUAAAACAUCAGCUUAUAGAUGUUUUUUAUGGCCUUUGUAACUGCCAGUGCAGUGAAUUGCACAUUUCUCUCUCUCCUUAGGUAAUCAUGGCUAUUGUCUCAUUGACAUUGUAGCUGUGAAGAACUGGUCUUUCGUAGUGUUUUUGUUGCAAUACUAAGAACAUCAAGGUUAUUGCAAUAAAGGUUUGGGACACAAGGUAA